UGUUCAUCAGCUGGUCCGUCCAGUAUCAUUUAUGUGUUCAAUGAGUGAGCCUCCGGUCGCUCUCCCAAGUUGUAAUCAAUAUGAUAUCAAGAUUCGCGUCCAAGCAUAGCCAGUGGUUGCAAUGGGUCAGCGCUUUAGCAGCUCAACAGAUGCUCUUUGUCGGCGGAUUGAUGCUGGGCUGGUCAUCACCGUACCUGGCUCAAUUGACAGCCGCGGAUUCGCCGCUCCCCAUAACAACAGACGAAGCGUCUUGGGUAGCAUCGCUUAUCAGCAUGGGUCGGUUAUUAGGAGCCAUUCUUGGGGCAGUCAGCGUUCAAUUUCUCGGAAGUAAAAGAACGCUGAUCAUCAUCGGUUUCCCAUUCAUCCUCAGCUGGAUUUGCCUGAUCGUCGCGAACUCCGUGGUUUGGCUAUACGUAGCGAGGUUCUCCUCCGGAGUGAGUAUUGGCAUGGCUUUUAGCAGCUUUCCUCUUUUCAUCGGAGAAAUUUCAAGCCCUGCGAUUCGAGGAGCGUUGGUGACCCUUUCGACGACUGGACUGCCGGUCGGAACGCUCGCUGGGAAUAUAAUCGGUGCCUACAUCUCAAUGGCCAUCUUCUCCUACAUCAGUCUGGUGCCUACCAUCGCUUUCAUCAUCCUCUUUCUCUGGUUACCUGAGUCUCCUCAUCAACUCGUUCGCAGGGGCAACCUGGAGGCUGCAGGGAAAUCGAUAAUCAGAUACAACCCAAAGGCAGACGUCAAGUCCGAAGUAGCCGCGCUGAACGAUUUUAUAACGAGCACAAUCGCUCUGACAUUUAUGGAUCGACUGCGAGAAUUUAAUAUACCGCGGAAUCGGAAAGCUGGUACCAUCGUAGUGCUCUUAUACACGUUCAUGCAAUUUAGCGGAUUGAACAGUGUGACGUUUUACAUGGAGAUCAUCUUGACUGAUGCCAAACUGACCGUCAUUGACCCUGCUAUGAUGGUCAUAAUUCUUGGAGCACUCGGAAUCGUUGCCGGAUGGCUCGCGAUGUACAUGGCCGAUAGGUUAGGUCGAAAGAUUUUAAUGGCCGGCUCGAGUCUUGGAGUAGCUUUGGCCAUGGUCGCCCUUGGCGUGCAUUUUAUUCUUCUCGAGCAAGGCUUUGACCCCGUGCCAUUGCAAUGGCUGCCAAUACUAUCCCUGGUAAGUUACCAGGUAUUUGUUUAUCUCGGAGUGACACCAGUGCCCAGUAUGAUUCUCAGCGAGAUAUUCGCGCCCAACAUAAAAAGCUUGGCAGCUUGCUUAGCAAGCAUUUCUGCGGGCUUAACAGGAUUCAUUUCCUCCAAGACUUAUCAGCCGCUAGUGGAUGUUUUCGGCGAAGCAUACGUCUUUUGGAUUCAGGCAGCGAUAAUGGUUAUUGCGAUGAUAUUCACGCUGGUUGUCGUUCCCGAAACAAAGGGAAAAUCGUUACAAGAGAUUCAGCAAUUACUGAUGAACAAGUAAAAUCUCACAGAAAAACAUAUUUGCCGUGUACGUUGUCCAGAGUUGUAUGUUCAACACAGUUCUGAAUCGUUCUAAACCAAUGACCGUCGUCCUCAGCACUUCGCUACGAUAAGAAUCAGAAUUUUUUUUUUUCUGAGCUAGAUAAAUCGUUAAUCGUCAAUUAGAAGUGAGAACGAAUGAUGAGUUGCUUACCAGGCAAGUAAACAGAAGCUAUAAUUUUUCACCUAGUUUCAUACCUAUCAAUCUUACAGUUUUUUUCAACAACACGAUUACGCACAAAAACUGACGCGCAUUUUGCAAUAUCUAGCAAAUCUUAGUACUGUAAAUAUGCUCGAAGGAACGAGCUAACAAGUUGGUCCAGCGUCAUCGUAAAUCACAAAGAUUGACUAAAAUUAGGAGCUAGCAUAAAACACAUAGGUGGUAAAAUGUCUACAUUAUACUCAUAGUAGGCGACGUAAUAUCUAAAACUUCUUUAACUUAAUUAUUUGAACAUCAUUUCUUACAUAAUUUUUAUAAUAAUUUUUUAAAUUUGUAUACAUAUUAUAAGAUACAUGCACAAAAUAAA